AUAUAGUGCAGUUGUAAUGGCAUCUGCAGAUGUCAACGAAUCCAACUCUUUGGAAUUACCAAAUAAGGAUUCCACAUCUGACACUAUUGAGACUAAAAAUUGUAAAAGGCCAGAAACAUCAAAAGUAAAAAGGAAAGAACCUCUCCCAUGUCCAUUAUGCGGUAAACAAUUUCCAUUCAAAUAUAGGUUGGAGCGGCAUGUGAAAACACACACUGCACAGAAACCUGGAGAAAUAGGUGACUUGAAAGGAUUUAUCUGCGCAUUUUGUGACAAACAAUUCAAGCAAAGAGCUUUACUGAAACGCCACCUGAGAAAACAUACUGGAGACAGGCAACAUUCUUGUACUAUGUGUGGAAAAUCAUUUUUUAAUCUAGGUCAGUUGAAAGAUCAUAUGAUUGUUAAGCACACAGAAGAAAGACCAUAUACUUGUGAAGUUUGUGGAAAAAAAUAUGGAACUAAAAAUCAGUUAAGACAACAUACCGGUAAAUGGACACACGAGAAAAAGGCUUUUUCUUGUGCGCACUGUGAGAAGAAAUUUUGCAGAAAAAGUCGUUUAGAUAGGCAUAUGGCUUUGCAUGUUGAUGGCAAACCCUACCCUUGCCCAAUAUGUGAGAAACGAUUUAGCUGUAAAAACUACUUGAAAACUCACAUCAAUAGUUUACAUUAUGGUGAAAAGCCGUUCCGAUGUGAUGAAUGUGGCAGAUGUUUUUCACAACUAUCUAAUAUGAAAGUGCAUGCUGAAAUACACAUCAUAGAAAAAGCACAAACGGUAAAUCCAGCUACUCAGAGUAAAUCCACCAACCCAGAUCAUAUCAAUGGUUCCAUUGAUCAUUUUCCACCGCCACCACGUCCGAUUAUUAUUUUGGUGCCAGUUUAUUCUCCUGAAUAGGGUCUGCUGUUCACACUUUUAUUUCCAUACUAUACAGUUUAUAAGGUAUAUGUCAGGGCUGCUCUAUUCUAAAAAGCUAACUCUUAGUUUUGCAAAAGAAGAGACUUGUUAAUCAAUAGAAAAAAGCAGCAAAACUGCAAAAUAAUGAAGGCUGAUUUAUGUGUUAGAUAGCACUAAGUAAAUUUUCAGUAACAUUGGGUUUUGUCCCCCAUACAUGGGCUACAAAUUUCUAUAUUUACCUAAAUUAUAUUAAUAUACAGACUUAAAAAAAUGGCGGACCUAUUUCUGAGUUUAUCUAUCACAUGCGUAUCGUUGUCUCCUGAAUUAUAACAUCAGUCUGCAUAACUGAAGUUAUAAGUUGCAGUUACUAGCUGUCCAUUCCCCUGUAUGCAGUUAGAGGAGCAUUGCUAGCAUAGACCUAUUCUCUUGACGUGUGUGUUUUAAAAUAAAUUGUUCUUUUUGCAUUCUAUUACAACAACAUGUUUGUAAUAAUCUAGUAUUGAAUUAGUUCAUUUAUUUUCUCUGUUCGUGAUAUUGCACAUCUCUGAACAAUUAUAUCUAUACUUGUGAUACUAUUUUUGUUAGAUUAUGAAACUGGUGCGCAAAAUGUCUUCUGGCAAUUCUAUAAGUGUGGAUUUAACUGCAAAGCUAUUUCUUUCUUUCUAUGUUAAAAAAUACAUAAAUUACUGCUCUAAAAUACUGCUGCAAUCUGCGGACAUAAAAUGUGUGGUAAACUUCGCAAUUAUAAUCAAUUUUUGUACAAAUUUAUUAUUGGAGGGAAUGAUUCUGAUUUGUUUAAACAAACAUUCUUGUAACACAUAUUUUUAAUUUCGACUUUUCAAUAA